AUGGCACCUACCGCACAGCUGGGACUUAAGCAAAAAUCCAAUGAGUUGGAGAUGUUUAAGCUGAGGGUAGAGUGGCAAAAGGAGAAGAUUGCUGAGCUGACUAAGGAGAGAGACUAUCUCAAAGACCAGUUGGCAUCAGGUAAGUCUCCCAACAAACACUCUCAAAAGGAUGACAAAGGUUCCAUCAAGGAAAUAAACUUGUCUUCAGAUUCUUCUGGUGACAGCCCAGUGGAAUCUUCCUCUGAUAUGUCUGAUUCCUCCUCGUCCUCAUCAGAGGAGGACAAGAUAAAAAAGAGAAAGAAGAAGGGAAAAGGGAAAAAAUAUAGGAAGAAGUCAAAGAAAAUCAAACCAAAGACACGGCAGAGAGUGCGUUCUGGAUUCAUGGAACCUGGUAAAAGCCCAAACUCCAGACCAGGUGGUGGACCGGUACAAAAGAUUCUUAGAAAGUUCAGUAAAGGAGGGACCAUGUCUGCUGCUUUCAAGCAUGUUGGAGUAGACAGGAAACACGGUGGUGGUCAUGCUCCAAUCGCAGAGCUGUUCAUUGCUGCGCCUGGCAAGUACAAGGAAAUCCUUAAAAACCACAAUAAUGUGAAGAAACUCAGCGUGUUUGCCACACAGUGUGCCACUGCUAUUCAGGAGGACCAAGGAAUAGAGGACACAAUCACAGCCUAUAAGGCUUCUGGAAAGCUUCUGCCCCUAAAAAAAAA